AUGGCGCACGUUGGUGACGAAGAGGCUACUCUCGCAGGCGACGACAACGGUUCUCAUGUCGUCUUUCGCGCUCUUGAGGAUGUUUCAGAGCGCAUCGAUCCUCGUCUGAGUCCGGCGGACAGGCCUGACAACGAAAUCCUCGACGAAAAUUAUACGCAGCAGCUGAACGGCUACAUUCAUCACUCGGACCAUCAUCUCCACAGAGACCACAGCUCUGAAAAGGAAAGCUCUCAUGAAAAGUCCGAAGACGCCUCGUCCAUUUCGGAACCUAUCUACAUUGAGUUUGACAAGGGAGACAAAAGGGAUCCCGCCAACUUCUCCCCAGCUCGUAGGCGCGCGAUCUUGCUUACAGCAUGCUAUUUCUCAGUGCUUGUCGCUUCUUCUUCGGCGUCAUUCGCUCUUGGAUUCCCUUCGAUGGAACGUGACCUGAAUUGCACAGAGUUUCAAGCGACUCUUGGGAUAUCGCUGUAUGCGCUGGGUUUUGGUAUUGUCCCCCUCGUGACGGCAUCUUUCAGUGAAGAAUUUGGAAGGCAGCCUUUGUACUUCUUCAGCGGCAUCGGCUUCUUCUUGUUUACCGUUGCAGCAGCAUUAGGCAAGAACAUACAAACAGUUCUUAUAGUUCGAUUUUUGGCUGGCGCAUUUGGCUCCACGGGUUCUACGAUGGUCGGUGGCACUGUCGCCGAUAUAUUUUCACCUCGCGUGCGUGGCGUUGCCAUGUCUUUCUUUGCAGCGGCUGCAAUAGGUGGCACUGGUCUCGGUUGUGUCGCGUCCGGCUGGAUCGAACAAAACCCGCACCUCGGAUGGCGCUGGAUUCAAUGGAUACACGCUAUAUUGGGUGCAGUGUUCGUUAUCGCUGUGCCAAUUUUAAUGACGGAGACCCGUGUGUCUGUGCUACUAAUGCGUGAAGCCAAGAAGAGGCGAAAGGAAUCUGGCGAUCAGCGGAUACGCGCCCGGGUUGAAGAUGAACGCGCCUCCCUGGCUACACUUAUCUACAUCUCAUGCACUCGACCCUUAUAUUUGUUGUUUACUGAACCUGUCAUCGCAAGCUUCACUCUUUGGGUCGGGUUUGCAUGGGGAAUUUUAUCAAUUGGUCCAGUAUUCCAGACGCUGCACAACUUUAAUUCUGGUGAAGACGGCACGGUUUUUGUUUGCAUCGCGAUUGGUGCAGCGCUUGGCUUGUGCUCUAACGUGUACCAAGAAAAGAUGUAUCAAAAGUAUGCUGGUACACGAGGCCCAGAGGCUCGGUUAUUUGCCCCUAUGUUUGCCGCUGUCCUGUUUCCCGUGGGCAUGUUCAUCUAUGCUUGGUCGACAUACACGAAAGUAUACUGGAUAGCGCUCGCAAUUGGCAUUGUGUGUAUCAUGUGGGCCUUGUUCAUCAUAUAUCUUGCGGUAUUCACAUACCUUGCCGAUUGUUAUGGACAAUGGGCGUCCUCCGCUCUCGCUGGACAGAGUCUCUUCCGUAACAUGAUGGGCAUGGCAUUCCCUAUGUUCACGACUCCCAUGUUCAACCGACUGACUUAUCAUUGGGCAAACACACUGUUCGCUCUAAUAGCGGUUGUCAUGAUCCCCAUCCCAUACGUGUUGUUUUUCAAGGGCCCAGCAAUCCGUGCGCGGAGCAAAUUCGCUACUCACAGCAUUUAA